AGCAGUCAUCGGGUAAUAAUCUCUCGACACAUUUCUGCGACGAUACUAUGCGCACGAUGCAGUGCAGUUGGCGCAGCGAGAUCACGACGUACGUCCAAUAAAAUCCGCCAAAAUGUAAGCGUACGUCUCCUCCUCGCUCGAGUCCAUGUUUAUCUACUCCUGACUCCCCCGAUGCUGAUGCAGUGGCGGUGCGCCAUAGGUAAAAAAAGAGGAAGAGGAGCCGCAUCUCAAAAGCCUUCCAGUCUACUACAGCAGACACUCGCCGUAUAGGAUGUGUUUUUAUUCGCUGCCCUUCUCCAUCCUUUCUCGGUUAAAGGCAACGCGGAAGACUGCAAAGGCUGCAAGAUAUUAAAGAAAUAUAGAUUUAUCUAUAGAAGCCUGGACCUCCAAGAUGAAAUUUCCGAGUGAAAAACCAAGAAAACCAGGGAACAGCCCGUCACCAGCGGCAGUUCAGACCAAUUUGGUCCCACCCAAAAAGAUGCAGCCAGGUAUGCUUCAAUCCAGCCUGGUGCACGCCAGCGUGGCUACCAUGCAAAACCCAAUGGGCUGUUCUGUACCCCGACUCUCCAUCUCCCGGCCCACGAGCAUGGUAGCCAGCAUGGAAGCAGUAGCUGAAGGUGCAGCUCCUUUUACCAUGAUGAAACUUAAGACGGUGCUGGCGGUUUUUGUGGUGGUGGUGGGCUACUUGGUGGCAGGAGGACUGGUGUUCCAAGCACUGGAGCAGCCAUUUGAAAACAACCAGAAGAUCACCAUCACAGCAGAGAAGGCAGCAUUCCUGCAAAAACAUCCCUGUGUGUCCCCAGAUGAGCUGGAGGCCAUCAUCAAACACUCUGUUGAUGCUGUGAAUGCUGGGGUGAAUCCUGUGGGUGAUACCUCUUAUAAUUCUAGCCACUGGGAUCUGGGUAGUGCCUUCUUCUUUGCUGGAACAGUUAUCACAACUAUAGGGUAUGGUAACAUCGCUCCAAGCACUGAGGGAGGAAAAAUUUUCUGCAUUCUAUAUGCAAUAUUUGGCAUCCCACUCUUUGGAUUCCUCUUAGCAGGGGUUGGUGACCAGCUCGGGACCAUAUUUGUCAAAAGUAUUGCCAAAGUUGAGAAGAUGUUCCGGAACAAACACAACCAAAUCAGUCAAACUAAAAUCAGAGUAGCAUCUACCCUCCUCUUCAUCCUGGCUGGCUGCAUCCUGUUUGUGACCAUCCCAGCUGUGAUCUUCAAUACAUCGAAGGUUGGACAGCUUGGAGUCGACAUAUUUGUCGUCAUCACUUUGACUACUGUUGGAAUAGGAGACUAUGUGGCAGGCGGAAAUCGGAGGAUUGAGUACCGCAAGUGGUACAGACCAAUUGUGUGGUUUGGGAUCCUGGGUGGUUGGCUAUUUUGCUGCAGUGCCUCAAACAUGAUUGGCGACUGGUUGAGGGUACUAUCCAAAAAGACCAAAGAAGAGGUUGGGGAAAUCAAGGCUCACGCAGCAGAGUGGAAAGCAAAUGUGCGAGCAGAGCUAAGAGAGACAAGGCGGCGUAUGAGUGUUGAGGUCAGCGACAAACUACAACGAGCUGCCACGAUCCGAAGUAUGGAAAAACGACAACUUGGCUUGGAUCAACGUGCGGUGUCCAUGGAUAUGCUUUCUCCAGAACGCAGAGCCAUCUUCAACAGUCUAGACACCAACAGCUACAAAACCUCCUCCCACGAGAGUAUUGACACUAAAUUGAACAAUCUUCGACUAAAGGGCACUGACCAGUGCGACCCUCAGUCCAACCACCAAACCACAUCUGAGGACAAUAUUUUUAAUCGCCUGAGUUCUGUCACCAAGUUGGCAAAACGUAACAGGAAUAAGAGACUUAGAAGAACCAUCACAGAAGAAACUCGUCGUCCUCAUAGCGAAAGCUUUAUGGUUGGAUGACGGCCGCCUUUCGAUUGUAGCACAACCCGUUCUGAACGAAGAGAAGAGCAGGGAUGACGAACACGAAAGAAACCGAAGACAAAGAGGUGUAAUACAAGCUGUCUGGAAUUUCCGUUGUUUGUAGAAGCUUACAAGUCACAUAAUGGGCUUAUUGUUGAGCAAACCAAAGAGAACAAAAAUGAUGAAACACUUGAAAUGAAAGAGCUAGAUAUUCAGAGGAGUCCAUAAGAGUCUGUUUGGUGAAACAAUAUGUUUUAAAAUGUCACCAUUUGUGCCUUGGGUUUUCUCUUUUACCACUAUGUGCUUAAGCAGGAAUAAUGCCUGCCUCUUUGUGCUACAGUAUAUGUAUACUGUUCCGUCGACAUGCAGUGAUCACUGUGCCCUAACGAUAUGACUUAUUAAAUUGGCUUCACCAAGA